AUGGCUGUCUCUAUCACAUGUGGAGCACUCCUUGGUGCCGGAGCAUUAUACUUCACCUACUCAUACGUGUCUUCCCCCAGCCGCGAUCAGGAUGAGAUUGUUUUGGAACAACAACAUCCCUUGCUGAAAGAUCACUUGUCUACACGAUCAUAUACGACACAGCAUGCAACCUACAAUUCUAUCAGAACAUUCUAUCAUGCACAUGUACACGCAGAAAAACUCCAGGCAAUAGCAGACCUCCCAUUACUCGUCUUCAUCCACGGGCUAGGAGGUUCCUUGCCACAAUUUGCACCAUUGCUCGGCAGUUUAGUGAACAUCGCACCCUGCUUUGGUAUUGAAUUACCUGGCCAUGGCUCGUCGGACUUUUCACCAAAGAACUACAACGCUUACACCAUUGAAGCAUUUGCAGGGCUGUGGUCUGUUGCCAUUCAAGACAUUUGUAGAGAGCACGGGCAUCAAAAUGUUGUCAUUGUCGCACAUAGUAUGGGCUGCUCGAUUGCCGCCCUAUUAUCAACGGCAGAGCCUUCGCCCGUCACGGUAGCAGGAAUCAUUGGUAUCUGCCCAAAAGCCACCCCCCCCUCAAAAUCUGAAACGGUCCAUGCGCGAAGGCUUUUGUCUCUGCCAGAUGUAAUGCUCGAUCUGCUUCGCAUGGUUGACCGCAGGGGUGGCAUUAACUCCAGCAGUGUUAAGAGAAUGGCAGGGGAGGCUGCGGGUAUAGACCUAAGACGACUUCAGCUGGGCUACAACAAGAGUUUCAGGACGCCGGUCUGGAAACGCUCAACGAUAGGAUGCCUACCCCAGUACAGCCCUACAGGCGAAGCUGUAGGUGGCCUACCUGGAAAAGAAGUCUGGGCAAAGAUACGGGUCCCACUCUUCCUUAUUGCAGGAGAAGCAGAUACAGUCACCAAACCCAAGGAGGUAGACACAAUCAUGUCCUUUUUACAAAGUCGCAAUGUCGAGAGCAACGCAAAGCUACCGACUAAUGACGACACCAUUCCAGUUUCAGACGGACCACUGAGGGCUAAGGCACAGAACUCCUCAACGGAGACUUCUUUUAUAUUAGACACAGCCUCAAAUCUGAAAACAGCUCCUUCCGCAAGUGAAGCACGAGCUGACGACCGCCAAUUCGGAGUGGCGCCUUCAACGCGCGAGCUCUCCAGCCAUCAUUCCAAUAUCGUAAAGACCGCCAUUCUACCUUCACCAGCCGCACACGCUUUGAUGUACGAUCACUCUACGUACCGAACAGUUGCCGGCCUCAUCGAAGACUUCCUCUCCCGCUAUGUUUCUCCACAACUGAGUCUUGGCUGGCAGUUGCAACAAUUGACAACAGCAGGCAAAUGGGACGUCAAGAACCUGGAAAAAUGGAAAAGAGUCACUCCCGUCUCGGACCUCAUCGGCACCGACGGCAUUUUCCGCGCCUUGAAAACCCUGCGCGAACAGGAUGAAGAGCACUCGCCGGGCGAAUUUCUCAAGAAGUGGCGUGAUCGAAUCUUCGCCAUCGUUGACAUCUCUCACGAUAGCCCGGUCUACGACACCAAAGCCCUGGAGCGUGGCGGAGUGCAGUACCACAAGUUCCCCACCGUCUCCAAGGUCCCGCCCACGCCAGUCGAGGUGCAGGAUUUUAUUUCCCUCGUGGACCGUCUGAGGAGUGAAGAAGGACAUGAAGGUAAAGCCAUCGGCGUACACUGCCACUACGGCUACAACCGGACGGGAUUCUUCAUUGCUAGCUAUCUCAUCGAGAAGAUGGGAUAUCGUCCCCAGGACGCCGUGGACGAGUUUGCAAGGGCGAAGCCGCCCGGCAUUAGGCAUGAUCAUUUCAUAGAUGCUCUGUUUAUGCGCUAUCAUGUCGGCUUGAAGAAGGCUCCGACCAUGAAUGGCACUCCCUAG